AUCGUUCAAAAGGCUGAACAAGAACGGAAUGGGUUAUACCGAACUCGGCCUUCUUCUAACGCUCGUCUUCAGAUGUAUGUGCGUACCCACGAUAAGAACUCCUGCAAACCAAGUUUUUCUGUCGGCCGUUUGAGCUCGAAAGCUGUCAGCCGGCCGCCAUUUGCCUUCCACCUUCGUGGACGCUCCCGUAGCUACAGCAGCAGAACGCGUGAUGGAAGAUCCGAGAAUCACUGAGACAGCGCCGGUGGCGUCUUCGGUGCAGUCUGGAGCUGGGUGGUGAGAACGAGAGCGAUAGGACGGGGUAGGCCCGUUCUUGAAGCCAGUAUUGCCUAGUUCCAGCAGAGUUUCGACGUGUAAGUCGUGUGACGUUCCUUGCCCGGUGAAGACGUAUUUUGGUGAGGUCUCCAAGUGAACAAAAUUAUUGGAGAAUAGUUUAUUUAAAGUGCGCAUUUGAGUGUCUGGUAGCUUGAACUUGUGGUAGAGUUUUCUGUUUAUGCGAGUGUCAAGUAAAGCUAGUGUGUAAUGGGACGCGAGUUUGGUAAGGUACAGCCUCAGAACUCUUCCCGCCACAUCAUCAGCAAUCAAAGCAGCAGCAGCAGUAGCAGUAUUGACAGCAAUAGCUCAGUGAAGAUGCGUAAACCACUGCUCAACGAACGAUGGACAUCCAUACUGUACACCUUGGUCGCUGCCCUAACGUACGCCACGGCCGGCACAAUGGUGGGCUGGAGCAGUGGAACCUUCCGCCGUUCAACCUUACCAUCCUCCCAGCCCGUUCCGCUCCCCCUGCUAGACAACUGGAGCAUCUCCCUUGCCGCCACACCAGCCAUCGUAAUCACCGUGACGGUCUGUGUCGUCCAUCGCUCUUACCGCUGGAUCGGUACGAAAGCGUUCCUGCUGACGGCAUCACUGCUCGCGAUCGGGGCCAGUGCGCUGGACGCAUUUGGAGCGACCUUCUGGAGUGCUAGUGCAGCUCGCAUACUGGCCGGCAUAUCGGCCGGUAUCGCGUUCACCCUGGUACCCUCGUACGUGGAUGAGUUUGGAUCAGCGAGUCGUCUAACGACACCGAACCGACCACCGUUGGACGAAAUUCUAGCGACAGCCUUUCCGUUCGGCGUUCUGCUACGAUUCGGUGCCGACUUACUCCCGCAACCAGUGGAUCCGAUGUGGAAUGCAGUGCGUUGGGGCGUACUACCAACACUGGCCUUCGCAGGACUUCUUUUCCUGCCCGAAUCUGCGCGAUACCUUUGCGUGACUGGGCGUGUGUCGCAGGCGGCACUCAUCUUGCAGCGUACCCACGAACCAACGGUCCAGCCCGGUCUGCAAGAAUGUCUUGCCCGGUGGCAACAACCCGGACCGGGACUGAUCGAAGCGGUUAAGCGUCAGGCGAAUCUGACCCUGCUCAUACCACUGCUCGCCCUGUUUGCGUUCCAAGCGUUCGUCGGUGCACUGCCGAUGAUGUUCUAUCUGGCCGAUGUGCUUGAGCUGGCUGGACAGCAGGUGCACCGAUCGCCCGAACAAGCUGCCGCCAUAUUGGUGGCCAUCUUUACCCUGGCGGUAGUGUUUAGUCGUUACCUUAAUUCACCGCUUCAUCCACGGACGGUGCUGGUGCUGUGUUCGCUGCUGAUGGCGUUGGCUACCCUUGCACUCGGUUGGCACUGCCACGAGCGUCGUACACGGAACCUCGACCCGUCCGAUGCUUACAGUGAGUGGCCGUUCCUAUGCUUCGUGCUCGUGUUUGUUGCGUAUGCGCUCGGGUUCUAUCGGCAGCCCGCAACACUGCUCGCAGCUGAAGUAGCCGAUGAGAAUCUGUUCGCACUACGAACGAUCGCUACCGCUAUCUGCUGGGGUUCGGUGUACCUGUGCGUACGGAUACUUCCGGUGCUGCUGAACACUAUCGGGCUUGGUUGGGUGCUGUGGAACAUUGCGCUAGUCGCACUGUCUGCCGCUGGUGUAGUGCUGCUCUGCCUACCGGGGCAGGAUGAUUACGCACACAAGGUGUUGCCCGGUGUAUGCCCCAACUCGAUGACUUCCUCGGUGUGUUCGUCCGGUUCUAGCUCACCGAGCGUUAACACCUGCUGGCCCUGCUCCCAUACAUCCACGGGUAGUACCGGACCCGCCACAAUCGCUCCCGAGAUGUUCCAGUACGGCGAGAAGCAACCAGUUGCUGGACCGGAAAUGGUUUGAAUUUAAGGAGGGAAGAAAUCCCGAAUAGAAAGGGAAGAAAAGACUGAUUUUUGCCCCUCCAUCUUGCUCUCUGGUGUCGCAGGUUUACUGUCCGUCCAGUUGAGCGUGAUUUGGAAGCUGAAGGCUAUACUUAUCCUUUUGAAUGUGUUGUGGCGUUGACUCCACAAUCACACAUAUCUGGGACGUGCACAACCACGUUGGUGGCACAUGAAUCAUUGGAGAAUAGGGCGAUGAUACAUACAGGAAGAGUAGAAGAUAAGGCACUUUCUUUCUCGUUUCUUAGCUUAUUAAAGAAACCCGAGCGGAAAACAAAAAACAUGAUUCAACGUAAUCAAACUAGCUGUUAGAAGAUAAGGGCGCUUCGUUGGUUGGAAACAAAAAAGAAAGAGGGAUCGUCACAGCGUGAAUGAUUUGAAUAAGUAGCCUGUAAGCAUCGGCAACCCCAUUAAACAUUGCUUAGGAAUUUAGUAUAGUUAGCGUAGUUGUAAGAGGCGUAGAAUUCGAAUGUUGGAAAUAAAAACACACACACACCCAGGUGGUUAGGUAUUUUGUUUGAACAAA